CAACACCGUUGUCGCUUCUGCACGGCGGGCAUUUGGCAGAAGGGAUGCUGCCGCACCCAUUCCGAUAAGAUGUGCCAAGAGUUUGAUUGCAGCGAUUUGGCUGUGGCACAAACAGCUUGAUUGCAACGAUUUGGCUGUGGCACAAAGCAACUUCUGUCACCAACACCGUUGUCGCUUCUGCACGGCGGGCAUUUGGCAAAAGGGAUGCUGCCGCACCCAUUCCGAUAAGAUGUGCCAAGAGUUUGAUUGCAACGACUUGGCUGUGGCACAAAGCAGCUUCUGCAAUCAACACCGUUGUCGCUUCUGCACGGCGGGCAUUUGGCAGAAGGGAUGCUGCCGCACCCAUUCCGAUAAGAUGUGCCAACAGUUUGAUUGCAACGAUUUGGCUGUGGCACAAGGCAACUUCUGCAACCAACACCGUUGUCGCUUCUGCACGGCGGGCAUUUGGCAGAAGGGAUGCUGCCGCACCCAUUCCGAUAAGAUGUGCCAAGAGUUUGAUUGCAACGACUUGGCUGUGGCACAAAGCAGCUUUUGCAACCAACACCGUUGUCGCUUCUGCACGGCGGGCAUUUGGCAGAAGGGAUGCUGCCGCACCCAUUCCGAUAAGAUGUGCCAAGAGUUUGAUUGCAACGAUCUAGCUGAGGGGGGCAUCUUCUGUCGGACGCACAAUAGUUGCUCUGGCUACAAUCCUGAUGGCCGCUUUCUUACGAUGUAUCAUGGCACGUCACGCACUGCAGCCGCACAAAUUGAGCUGCAUGGUUUUUGUCCAUCAUCCGAUGGGAUGUUGGGUGCAGGGGUGUACUUGUCAAGAAAUCUCAACAAAGCGAGAAACUAUGGGCCUGUCAUCUUGGAGUGCAAGGUGCUGGUUGGAAAGGUGGCGCGCAUUGACCGGCAAGGUCACCCUCUCCAGAAGACCUGGCACGAUGCUGGAUUUGACACAGCUUGGGUGCCGCCAGGAUGUGGCAUGGUAGCAUCUGGCUUAGAAGAGGAUUGUGUGUAUGAACCCGCAAGAAUUCAGGUUCUCGGCCGUGUCAUGGCCUGAUGGUUUGAUGGUUGACAACCGAGCGGACACGACAAACUUGGGAUUUUGAGAGUUUGCCGCUUCGUCCCUUCAUGAUCCGCACCGAUUUCAUGCAAAAGGACAUGUCGAGGCCAAUGUGCUGACCAGGUGAUGCUAGGGGUU